CUGGUUUGUAGGGGCGUGACUGUGUUCCAAUUUGUUUUGAUUUUUAGGCUACGACUGGGGAUUUUCCAGCUGCAUUCCAGCUUGUAAAUUAACUAGAAAUGAAUUAAAAUCCCAAAUAAUUUGUCUAGAAGGAGGUUCUAGAGAUAAAAAUGGCUUGAAAUCACUCUGCAUCGCAUUGGACGGAAACAGUAGUCUCGAGUUCAGUUUCGAAGAGGAUGCCCUCGUCGAUGCUGCUGGACUCUCGACUGGUGCGGCGACUCAAACUGCAGGUGUCCAUGUUCCUGCGGGACCGGCAGGUGGCGAUGGCCCUUUUGCGCAGGACGGCCGUCUCGUCCUAUCGUCGGCGCUACUGUCUUCUCUUCUGGGGCCUCCUGGCCGCCGCUUUGGCCGUCCUGUACGGCCUCUUUGUCUACGGUGUCGUGUGCAGCAACGUCCAGAUUUGGAAAGAAAUACACGAUGUUUGUCGACAGUACAAGGAUAAUGAGGUUGUUGGCACCAUGUGCCACCCUUUGUGUGAGGGGCGCGUCCACUCCCUCAGCUGCCAACCCCUGCACUCCGGGAAGGAACUCGUAUUUUCGGCGGUUCUCGAUGGCGUUCCGCUCGUCUUCAAAUCAUCAAGACGAAAUCUCCACGCCAGGACUGAGGUGUAUGCCGAGUUUGAAGGUCGCCAGCUCUACCCUUCAGAGGAUGAUUUUGUAAAAAUGGUUGCAGCUGUGGUUGAGAACGAGCUGAACGUUUCGGCCACUGAAGAGCAGCUUUCGAAACUCAUCCACUUGGCACCUGUGACUCCUGAUCCUGACAUGCGAGAGACCGAAAUGAAAGACCUGUGGCGGCUGUUGCAGGACCAUGAGUAUCUGGCCGUUCGGAUGUUUUCAGAGCAGGAAAUUUUGCCAGCAUUGAUUGGAUCUUGUGGAGAUAUUUUCGCUGUUGAUUUCGCCGAACCUUUGUCAGGAGGUGGUUUGUGGGAACACGAGGACGAGGUGUGGUCGGAGCGGCUGCGGCACGCAGUCAUUAUUCUUGAACUCCUGGAACGUCUGGAGACUACGGCCCCUGCACCUUUGCGGCUCUGCGACGUCCGGCUGAGCCAUAUCGGCCACUCCUUUGACGGCGCCAAGGCCGUUGUCCUGGACGGCGACUCCCUAGUCACUCAGUCAAUGGCCGACUUGCUGGCUGGCGACGGCAGCCCUUGCACUGAACACUCCGACUGCCACUUCUUUGACUGCCACGCCGCCUGCGAAGAGGGCUUUUGCCAGCCACCGUCCACGAACAACAAUUUGCAGGCAAUUUGCGAGAAGGUUUUCCUCGGUGCUCGAUGGGGCGGCGCCCUUUUACUGCCUGGUUUGUUGGCCUCUCCGCACGCACCCCCCUCCUUGGCAGCCCUCCUUCGACUCUGUGCCCACCCCCAUGGGGAGGAAGGGGUGAAACAUGGCACCCCUGAUGACAUUAGGGACCGUUUUGUUGCCACCGUCGAGGAGAUGGUCUACGAGAUGGACCUCAACGCCUGAUCUCACAUGAGAUCUCUCUUUUUUUUCGCCAAAAAAUUUGCUGAGCAAUAUUGUUUAAAGAGCUUUUCUCUGGACCAAUCCAACUUGUUUUAUCCUGCUAAUUUUUACGCUCAAAACUGAUAUAUAACCUGCUGCUUAUCUCAAAUGUUCAAACUAUAUAUUCUAUCAAAUUAUAGUCGAGCUGAAGUUUAAUUAGCAAAGUAUGUAAUCUACAGUAUUGAUGACCAAUGUGUAUCCUACGUACAAAACAAAACGCUCUGUUUAACUUUUCCAAGCUUUGAGCUAUUGUUUUUUACAAUUUUGUUUUUUCGGCCUAAAAGGCUCCAAAGUGUGUAUUAAUUUUUGUGAUAAUUCUGAAUUUAGAGCUGAAAUCCAAAACGUUAUAACUUUAUAUAAAUAUAAUCCAUCAAUCUUUGCCUUGAAUUAUGCCAAAAACCAAAGCUUGCUGAUCAUUCAUCCCAAUUAAUUUUUUUUAAGCACUUUUUUCAAUCUCGCAAGCAAUAUAAGUGAUCGCUAUCAACUCAAGUACAACUUCUCGAAAGAAAUGUAAAAAAAAAUAAUUUGCAGAAAUUUUAGUCGGUGUAACUUGAAAUUGUGAAUUGAGUGUCUUAUUAACCACAUGUGUCAAUGAACUCUUACAAUGCAUUAUAAUAGACAAUGUUUGAUGUUGAACCUUGGAUGUGAUCAAAUUUUAGCUUGUCGUAUAGUCACCAAAAGCUAACUCUAUAUAAAUAUAUAUAUAUUUGAAUAAUCUGCGCGAUUUUUUUCGUACAGAGAGAGAUCUUUUUGUACAAUGCGAACAAUCCUCCGAAGUACUUUUUAAGUGUAGCUUUUUACACCAUAUUUCCACUCACGAUCAGCUUCUCUUUUGUGUGGACUUGUACUGUUUUUAAUGGACUGCUGUUGACGUACGAUGUUUAGUUAGAUUGCGUGCUAAUCGGCGUUUUAAUAUAAUAAUAUUAUACACAUGAUUAAACAAAAUGAAUAAUUAGAAGAAAAUUAUUCAGAAAUAAACUGCAGCUUCGAGAUGCUAUCAAAAAGCUUGAAAUUUGAAUU